AUGAAUCGCACACGGAUCGCCGGCCAUGGCCUGAGAAGGCUCAUCCAGACCCCUCCACGGGGUACUCGGGGCAUUGUUACCGAUGCAGACGUCGUCAAGGCGAGGAAGUACUGCCAGUCGCAGCUCCAACACAGCGACUACGAUGCCCACCUAAUCAGCCGCCUUGUCCCGGCCCGCACGACGGAUGCCUACCUUGCCCUCCGCAACCUCAACCUCGAACUCGUCCGCCUCCCAGAGCUUGUCUCGAACCCGGUCAUCGGCCAGAUGCGCAUGCAAUUCUGGCGGGAUUCCAUCGACAAGACCUUUUCUGGCAACCCUCCCGCCGAGCCUAUCUGCGUGCUGCUCCACCAGGCCCUUCAAGACUUACGCGCGCGGUCGACCAACAACACGGCGAGCUCGAUCAAGUUCUGGGUGCACCGGCUCAUCAAGACGCGCGAGAAACACAUGGACAAUAGGCCGUACGCGUCGCUAGCCGCAUUGGAGGAGUAUGCAGAGAACACAUACUCGACGCUGAUGUACGCCACGCUGGCUGCGAUGCCGCUGCGCUCGAUGCACGUGGACCACCUCGCCAGCCACAUCGGCAAGGCGUGCGGAAUCGUGGCUGUACUGCGCGGCAUUCCCGUGCUUGCGGCGCCGCAGCAGCAGCCUGCGAAAUCUCACGCCGGGCCUGGUGGUGGGCGCCAAGACCCCGCGCUGCUACUUCCGCUGGACGUUAUGGCAGAGGCCAAUCUGCGCGAGGAAGACGUCUUUAGAUAUGGGCCGCAGGCGGAGGGGUUCCAGGACGCCGUGUUCAAAGUGGCGACGCGAGCCAACGACCACCUCAUCACGGCGCGCGAGAUGCUCAAGAACCUCAAGGCCGGUCAAGAGGCAGGGCACGAGUUUGAGCAUCAGGGCGAGGCGGAACAUGUGUACGAGCACGAGGAAGACGACACGCAGCGGGACAUCCGACGUGGCUUCGGUGUGCUGCUUGAGUCGGUGCCUGCUCAGGAGUAUCUCACGAAUCUCGAAGGGACCAACUUUGACCCCUGGGCUGUGAAGGCAAGCUGGAAGCUGCCUUGGAGGCUUUGGCGGGCAACGAGUAAGAGUCAGAUCUAA